CUGGAGGCGACCGCCGUAACGGCGCGAGCGUGGUCACGUGGCCGCUGGUCACCGCCGCCACCCCCUCCUGCCCUGUUCUCUCUCAGGUCGGCCCGGGCCCGGUCGGUUCCGCCGCGAGCGCACGGCACAGACUGAGGGAGAGAGAAAAAAGGAGGGGGAGGAGGAGGAGGAGAAAUCAGGGAAUAGGAGCUGGGGAGCCCUUCUGCGCCACAGGAAAUUUCUGAUGAAUUGGUGAAGAUAGGAAAGCUGCACGGAACGUGGUAACACUUUUGUACUCAAUAUUAUGGAGAUCUCUUGUACUACAGAUGUGACUUGAUCCUUUUGAAAAAUAUUUGGCCUCUGGAUUAAUUGAACAAAAGGAAAAGGAUAAUAGGUCCUUUGGAGUUUCUGAAAGAAAUAACGCACUCAGAAAUACCUCAGUGAAACUCAGUUGCGGGAGAAUUCAGGCUUGCCUGUGUUGGAUUCGUCUUUGUUCCUGUUUGUCUGCCCUGACGUGUCUGGGGAGGACUCUGUUGACCUGAGUGGAGGUCAUUCUUGACCCGUAACAACAACAUGCAUUUUCAAGUGUCAAGUAUGUUUAUGGAUCAGUAAAUUUGCUCUGAAAGGUAGUAACUUCUGGUGACAUUGUCCAGUUGCCAACAUGUAUCAUUCCUUAUCUGAAACUAGACAUCCCUUGCAAACCGAAGAACAGGAAGUGGGCAUUAAUCCCUUGUCGAGUUACUCCAAAUCUGGAGGAGAUUCAAAUCAAAAUGGAAGAAGAACGAGUUCCACUUUAGACUCUGAAGGGACUUUUAAUUCCUAUAGGAAAGAAUGGGAAGAACUAUUUGUAAACAACAAUUACUUGGCAACAAUAAGGCAGAAGGGGAUUAAUGGGCAGCUGAGGAGCAGCAGGUUCCGCAGCAUUUGCUGGAAGCUGUUUCUUUGUGUUCUUCCUCAAGACAAAAGCCAGUGGAUAAGUAGAAUUAAAGAAUUAAGAGCAUGGUAUAGCAACAUUAAAGAAAUACAUAUCACAAACCCAAGGAAGGUGGUUGGCCAACAAGAUUUGAUGAUCAAUAAUCCUCUCUCACAGGAUGAAGGGAGUCUUUGGAACAAAUUCUUCCAGGAUAAAGAGCUUCGAUCAAUGAUUGAACAAGAUGUCAAAAGAACGUUUCCUGAAAUGCAGUUUUUCCAACAAGAAAAUGUGAGAAAAAUUCUUACAGAUGUUCUUUUCUGUUAUGCUAGAGAAAAUGAGCAGUUGCUUUAUAAACAGGGCAUGCACGAGCUGUUGGCACCCAUUGUCUUCACCCUACACUGCGACCACCAGGCCUUUCUGCAUGCCAGUGAGUCUGCCCAACCCAGUGAGGAAAUGAAAACUCUCCUGAACCCCGAGUAUCUGGAACAUGAUGCCUAUGCAAUGUUCUCACAACUCAUGGAAACUGCUGAGCCUUGGUUUUCUACUUUUGAGCAUGAUGGUCACAAGGGGAAGGAAACGUUGAUGACUCCUAUUCCCUUUGCUAGACCACAGGAUUUAGGGCCAACAAUUGCAAUUGUUACUAAAGUCAACCAAAUCCAAGACCAUCUCCUGAAGAAGCAUGAUAUUGAACUCUACAUGCACUUGAACAGACUGGAAAUUGCACCACAGAUAUACGGCUUACGGUGGGUGCGGCUGCUGUUCGGAAGAGAGUUCCCCCUGCAGGACCUCCUGGCGGUCUGGGACGCCUUGUUUGCAGAUGGGCUGAGCCUGAGUUUAGUGGAUUACAUCUUCCUAGCCAUGCUGCUCUACAUCCGAGAUGCUUUGAUCUCAAGCAACUACCAGACCUGCCUGGGCCUGCUGAUGCAUUACCCCCUCAUCGGGGACGUACACUCACUCAUCCUUAAGGCUCUGUUCCUCCGAGAUCCAAAGAGAAACCCAAGGCCGGUGACUUAUCAGUUCCAUCCAAAUUUAGAUUAUUACAAAGCACGAGGAGCAGACCUUAUGAAUAAAAGCCGGACCAAUGCCAAAGGUGCUCCCCUGAAUAUAAAUAAAGUCUCUAAUAGCCUGAUUAAUUUCGGAAGAAAGCUCAUUUCCCCAGCAACGGCCCCCGGUGGUGCAGGUGCCCCUGUCGCUGGGGGCAGCAGUGGCAGCUCCUCCUCUGGGAUUCCCACCAGAACGUCCGUGGAAGCCCCGAAGCAUCACCUGCAGCAGCAGAGGCUGCUGAAGUCAGAGAGCAUGCCAGUGCAACUCAACAAAGGCGAUGUAGUUACAGGAAGUGAUGCUCAGGUUUCUGUUCCUGUCCAGAACCUGACUGACCUCCAAGAGCAAAGUUCAAAAAACAUCAGUUCAUCUCCAAGCAUUGAGAGUUUGCCUGGAGGAAGAGAAUUCACUGGCUCUCCACCGGCCCCUGCCACAAAGAAAGACUCCUUCUUCAGCAAUAUCUCUCGUGCCCGCACACACAGCAAAACCGUGGGCAGAAGAGAAUCUGAAGAAGAAUUAGAAGCCCAGAUUUCCUUUCUUCAAGGACAACUGAAUGACCUUGAUGCCAUGUGCAAGUACUGUGCCAAAGUGAUGGACACCCAUCUUGUAAAUAUUCAAGAUGUGAUAUUACAAGAAAACCUGGAAAAGGAAGAUCAAAUUCUGGUUUCUUUGGCGGGACUGAAGCAGAUCAAAGACAUCCUGAAGGGGUCCCUGCGUUUCAACCAGAGCCAGCUGGAGGCCGAGGAGAACGAGCAGAUCACCAUCUCGGAUGACCACUACUGCUCCAGCGGCCAGGGCCGCGGCGGCCCAGUGCCCGGAGCCCCCAGGCAGGGGCGGCAGGCCUCUUCAGAAAUGCUGGCCCGCACAGAUGGAGGAGGUUCGGACGACUUCAUCCUGGUGUCCAAAGAAGAUGAGGCGGGCAGUGCCAAGGGGCCCUUCUCAGGCCAGGCCCAGCCUCUUCGCACCCUCAGAAGCACGUCUGGGAGAAGCCGGGCCCCCGCCUGCUCCCCUCUGGUGUUCACAGACCCGUUGAUGGGCCCAGCCUCUGCCUCCUCCAGCAAUCCCAGCUCCAGCCCCGAGGACGACAGCAGCAAGGACUCAGGCUUCACCAUCGUGAGCCCCCUGGACAUCUGAGCUCAGUGCCCAGCGCUGCCGCCCUCGCCAGCCCCCGUGCCCCCUGGACAUCUGAGCUCAGUGCCCAGCGCUGCCGCCCUCGCCAGUCCCCAUGCCCCCUGGACAUCUGAGCUCAGUGCCCAGCGCUGCCGCCCUCGCCAGCCCCCGUGCCCCCUGGACAUCUGAGCUCAGUGCCCAGCGCUGCCGCCCUUGCCAGUCCCCAUGCCCCCUGGACAUCUGAGCUCAGUGCCCAGCGCUGCCGCCCUCGCCAGCCCCCGUGCCCCCCAGGGAGGGCCUCUCAGAAACCAGCGCUUCUUUCCUGUCAAGCAUUUGCCAUUGGCCCAGCCCUUUGGAACCCUCUAGAGAGAAGCAAUUCAGCCAGGGCUCACAUGAACCUAGGGCCACCAGAAUGCAGACAGGACGUUCUGGGCCAUCCCUUCCCCCCGCCCAAGCACUGCUCUGAGUCGGGGCUGGGUUCCACACCCCCAGUCGUACUCACUGUUCAAAAAAAGUUACAAUCACUUCUCUCCCCUUGUCCCCUCUGUCCAUUACAUUUAGAAGGAAGAAGGGUUGGCUCCACAUCUUCACUCCCUCACCACAUCCAGCGUAGGAAUACUGGCUAAUGCCAGGAGAGUUCUCCCUGUGGGAAUCCCGGCCCACUCCUGCCCUGGGAAGCCAUACAGCAGAGCCUAGUCCAAUAGAACAAACUAGAAGUAGUGGAUGCUUGGGCUGAAGAAAUCUCGUUACUGACCUCUCAAACUUAGAAUGAUUUUAGAAACAGGGUCUCAACUUAAGACUCCGCCUUAGGUGCGAUGUGUUGGUAGUUUUGGUUUGUUGGAAAACAGAUUUCCAAUCCUUGGGCCAAAUACAUUUUAGUUCCUGCUUAAAACAAUUAUAUUGUACUUGUUAAUGCCUUUCACAGCCAGGAAAUAAGGAGUCUUUCAGCCAGGCUUCACAGGGGUUUCAAAAGCUGUUAAGCUGACUGUUCCGAAAGGAAAAUGUGGCCCUAAUUUUAUGGCGUAAGCUGCUUUCAGUCAAUUUCUUGGUCAAGUUUCUUUAGCUUUGGAGCUAUGUUUAUUUACCAAAUAAGGAACAUGGGGGAAAAAAAGCCAGGGCCAUUCCUCUGCAGCCAGAAUCUCCUGUUGUCUCUAAGGUAGCAGUGAGUGGAAGUCAACCCUGGGACUCGGGACUCCCUGGAGAGCAGGUGCCAAAGGUCAGAGCCCUCCACAGCCACUUCCCUGGCCGGGAGCUGAGAGAGGGAAUUCAGGACUUGUACCAUCCUGGGUGCCCCUGUUGAGACCAGGUGUGACGGCACUGCACAGAUGAAAGGUUCCUUGGCACGGGACCCCUGAUGGGCAUGGAGCACCCCACACGUUUUCUCCUUGAGCAGGAUGUGCCCUCUGCUGAGUAGGCAUUUCUUCUGAUGGGAACUCUUGGUGCUGUGUGACCCGACUGGGGCAGGGGCUGGUUGCAAGGGUGAGGAGGCCUCACGUGAAGGGAGGAAUGGGCCCCCAUUGCUGGCUGCCGCAUCGCCCGGGACGGAUGCAGUAAUGACAGUGUACCCGUGGGCUCCCCGUCACAAAGGCCGUGGGUCUUGAGUCAGCUGCUGCAGAGGCACUGCUUAGCACCCUGGCCUGUUCUUAGACGCUGUCAGGGCCCCCGCACGCCAGACGCUCUGUCACCGGCCUUGCUGAAUGCCAGGGCCAAGGAGGCUUCCGUGAUUGAGCGGCUGCUCCACAGCGUACUUGGAGGCUCUGAGGAUGUUGCAAGCCAGCAUGUUAGGCACUAGUUCACCCCCUUCUGAGGGAACAAGUGUGGAGGUUGCCCCAUCCGGAGCCCAGGGCGCUGGGUCAGGACGGAGUGGAGCUGGCCCUGCCCUGGUGGCAUGCCCUUGCCCUGAGGGGUGCAGCCACAGGCCAUGCAGGCCCAGAGGUUCCCAGG